AUGAUUAUGUUUAAACAAAAUUUAUUAUACAUUUGGUUAUAUACAGUUACUAUGAUUAUCUUUAUAUAUGGAUAUGAUGAUCCAUUCUAUAUGGAUACUGAAUAUCCAACAUCACUAUCCCCACCACCAUCAUCAUUACUGAAAUCAAAGAAGACUAAUUCUAUUUUUCAAAAUUUACAUACAUUCUAUUGGAUAAAUGGAAUUGAUUCAAGGAAUCCUUAUAGAGGAUAUUAUGAAUCUUAUAUGAAUAAACGGAAAUAUUUACAUCAUCAUGAUCAUCACCAUCGUCGUCGUCGUCGUAAACGUAAAAUAAAUAAUGAUCAUGAUAUUGUAAUUGAUCGAUUAUUAAAUAAUGAAAUAUUUAAAUUAAGAGGUUGGAGACCACAACGUUAUGGAUAA